AUGUUCAAGUCCAGCAUUUCGUCCUACUUCGUUCCAUCCUGGUUCAGAAAGCCUGCCGCCUCUUCCAAAGACACUGCCAGAGCCACCACCGGCCCAAAGAGCUUCACUAUUCCCUCACCAGAAAACAGUAACCAAUUAGUCAACAUUUCUAUGAAAGAUACUGCCGAAACAGGCGACGCUGACUCCUUUGUCGACAUCGAAUACAGACACUUGACAUACGCUGAAGCUGCUCUGUUGGCUAAGGACAAGAAACAGGCUCCAUUGAAGUCAAACCCACCUCGCAAACUGAGAUUGCCCAUCAACCAGUACAACGUGUUGACCGAGGAAGACUUGGAAGCUGCCAACGACGCUUACGAACCCUUCAAGGAGGACACCAAGAGAAAGACCAGACAGAACCUCAAGAACAGAGACUUUGAACUCAAGAAAAAGAGAAAGGCUCUCAAGCACAAGAAGCUUGCCGACUUGAACUGAAGCCCUAUUGACUUAGCGCGCUUUAAUAUUGUUUGUCUACUUGCUGUGAAAGCUGGCUUAUAUUAUUGCUACUAUUGAUAAACCUUUCUUCAUUUCCUUAAUAAGUGCAAUGUGAUUUGCUUGUAAUAUUAUUGUUGCGUUUACCGUUGGAGUUGGAGAUAGUUCUUGGUGGUAGGCUGCAUUGGGAUCACUUCACUGUGUAUCUCAUCCUAUAACCACGGAACGUGAUCUUCAACUUACAUCAAUUACGACUGCAACAUUUACAACGUGUCAAAUUGCUACGCUGCCGGUCCCAUAUAACUAGUUACACAAUAUAACUAGUUAUAUUGUGUGCUUUUCUUGAGGUGUGCCACACAUACACAAUCCCAUGCUGGUCCGCUGUCACUUAAACAUGCAAAAAUUCUAUUCCUAAUGCCGAUAUAAUGAUAUAUACACUUGAUUGUCUUCUAGUCCUUCCUAUUUAUGUUUUUACUUCGUUUAAUGUAUAAUACCAGCUUUCG